AUGAGUGGUCCCGGCGAAGAGCGCAGUACCUGGCGCGGAGGUCGCCCGUACGAGCAGAACCGCCACGCCGCGCAGAGACAUUCCUCCUCCCGAACAAUGAGCGCCCAUGGCAGCUCUCGAGGAGGGCCGAACACAUGGAACGAUUCCUCGCGCGAACAGCCUCCUCCUCCUCCUCCCUCGGGACCUCGGCAGGAACAGCACGUCCCCGUGCGGAACUUCAAUGCUACAGAGUCGAAGGCGGCUCUCAGAAGAGGACCCGGAGAACCGAGACCGUUCUUCUAUAAACCGCAAGGCAAGGACACGAACAACCGGGCUAGCGGACCCUGGGGUGCUAAACCGAAUCAAAUGGCCAACGGCAAGGAUUUCUUCCUCGAGCUUCGGAAACAAGUGACGGCUCUCCGACAGGGCAAUCCUGUUGCAGGUGGAUGA